AUGGGCACUGCUUCUAAUAACGUGUGGAAGGAGAUGUACCUGGAGGGAACUUUGUGCGACGCCAUGAUCAGAGUCAAAGAUGCAGAGUUUAAGGUCCAUAAGCUCGUCCUCAUGGAGCCAAGCGCCUACUUCAGGGAUCUGUUUCUCAGAAAACAAUCAACAGAGCAGCAAGUCUACAGCUUCCCCAACGUGUCAUCCCAUAUCAUGGAGCUCAUCCUGGAAUAUGCAUACACCUCCUGUGUUAAACUGACGGAGGACACUAUGGAGGAUCUGUUGGAAGCAGCGGACUACUUCGCCAUCAGUGGCGUCACGCAGGCCUGCUGCGACUUCCUUCAGCAGAAAAUCUCCUCCAAGAACUGCAUCAACACCUGGAAGCUGGCAGAACUCCACAAAUUCCUUGAUCUAAAGAAAAUGGCCUACCUCUACAUCCUGGAACACUUUGAAGAGGUGGUGGAGCUCUGUGCUGAUUUCCAGCUGCUCUCUGUGAUGCGGCUGGUAGACCUUAUUGGAAGGGCCGAGCUGAACGUGAGAAAUGAGAGUUUUGUGUUUGAGGCCAUCCUCCGCUGGGUGAAGUUUGCCCCUGACAAACGCAGGCGUCACAUGGAGAUACUUUUGAGUAAAGUCCGUCUGAUACUACUGCCGACUACUUACUUGGCUAUGACUGUCUGCAAAGAGGAUCUUGUUAGGAACAAUAAACACUGUGUGAAUAUGGUGGUCAGAGUAAUAAAGAUCCUCCGGCAGCGCGGCUUGAGGAGACCACUGUCCUCCUACCGUCUGCCCGCUCAUGUGCUGCUGGCAAUUGGGGGCUUUGAAGAAAACUAUCCCUCUGGCAAGAUUGACCUGUACAACGUGCGAACAGACAGCUGGAGUACAGCGUAUGAUAAUACACUGGCUUUCCCACAGUUCUGUGGCUGCAUUUACUCUAAAGGAAACAUCUACUUCAUUGGCGGGUCUAAAGAUAACAUCUGUCUGAACUCUGUGACAAGUUUCAACCUCGCCACCAAAACUUGGAAAGAGGUGGGGACGAUGCACGAUGCUCGAUGUUAUUUAAGUGUGGCCAUGCUCGACAACCAAAUUUAUGCAAUGGGUGGCCACAACAUGGUAAUCACCUUAAAUACCUCAGAAAGAUUUAACCCUGACACCAACCAAUGGACUCUGAUCGCACCAAUGCAAAACCGUAGGACCGAUGCUGCAUCUGCUGCUCUGCACGGCAAGAUAUACAUUUGUGGUGGAUUUACUGUAGUUGGCAAGUUGUCUUCUUGUGAGGUCUACAACCCCGACACCGACCAGUGGACCUUUAUCACCCGAAUGGAAACCGGUCGCUCGGGAGUAGGUGUCAUUGCCUACAACGAUCAGCUCUAUGUGCUUGGUGGCUGCGAUGAUAGAAGAGUCAUAUCUGAGGUCUUGGCUUAUGACCCCUCGUUUCAAUGUUGGCACACAUUGACUCCCAUGGUGCACCCCCGCAGAGCCUUUGGUGUCGUGUUGUUGGAGGACCAGCUGUAUGUAGUGGGUGGUCUAGCUGAAGAUGAUGAAGUGGCGACCGCUGAAGUCGAGCGCUAUGAUUGGAAGACAAAGACAUGGAAUAUUGUCCAGGACCUCCAGGUUCCCCGCGGGGCCAUCAAAUGCUGCACGGUGGAGCGAAUCCCCCAUGCUACUGCCAUCCUGUCCCAGGCAGACAAGUAAAUAAAUG